GUGUCUCUUACAUCACCACCAAAAGGACAUCACUAUCAAACUUGCAGCAGAAAAAAAAAUGGCUUCUGUGUUCCUCGGCGAUCUCAACGACUACAUCCAGCCGUCACAGGCCUGUGUGAACCCGCUUUUCACGUCGGGCAAGCCCGAGGGCAAUGGCAACUCCAAUGGUUUGGCCAAAAUCACACUGGAGACGGAGCUCUCAGCCGCGGACUUUGCAGUGCCGCAGCCUCUCAAGCCCAACAUCAUCCGCACUACAACACAGGAGAAAGCCACGAUCUCACUGGACGACUGUCUCGCCUGCAGCGGCUGCGUCACUUCAGCCGAGACGGUGCUAAUCUCUCAACAGAGUUACAAGGAAAUGCUGGACGUGCUGGCUGCCACGAAGCACAAGCGCGUGGUGGUAACGUUGUCACCUCAGUCUCGUGCGUCUCUGGCCGCGCACUUCGAUAUGCCCGUGAUUGCUGUGCACCGUAAACUCGUGACACUGUUCCGUAACCUCGGCGUAACCCUCGUGAUCGACUCCACGUGCAGCGGAGACUUUGCCCUGCUCGAAUCUCGUGCAGAAUUCCUACACAGAUACGGUAACCAACAGAAGACCAUCUGGGCGCGGCCGCCUUCUUCCGUGGCUGUCUCCUCCGCUAAGACAGAAUAUUUGGAGCCCAGUACUUCGACCAACCCACUGCAGGACCCGCUUCGAGCGAUGCCGAUGCUGGCGUCGUCGUGUCCUGGAUGGAUUUGCUAUGCUGAAAAGUCUCAGCCGAACGCUAUUCCGUUCAUUGACACAACGAAAUCCCCACAGCAGAUUGCAGGCUCGAUCAUCAAGCGCUUUGUCAGCGGCGAGCAUGGCGUUAAGCCCAGCGAAGUCUACCAUGUAGCGGUGAUGCCGUGCUUCGACAAGAAACUGGAGGCGUCGCGUAAGGAUUUCCAGGACGCAGAGGACGCAACCAAGGACGUGGAUUGUGUGCUUGCCACCACAGAGAUCAUCGAACUGAUUGAGUCGCUGAACGUUGACUUCGCUUCGCUUGAGCUUGCAACUUUGACGCCAGAGGAGACCAUGCUAAGUGGUGUAUCAGAGGAUGGCAGCAGCGUCUUGGGUAGCCACCUAAAUGCCAGCUCGGGCGGCCACCUCGAGCACAUUUUCCGGUAUGCUGCCAAGGAGCUCUUCAACGUGGACGUGAAUGGUCCGCUUGAGUACGUUGCUGGGCGCAACCCAGACUUCCGUGAGGUAUCGCUGGUGUUAGAAGGCAAAGAAGUACUGAAGUUCGCUGUCGCUUAUGGUUUCCGCAACAUUCAGUCAAUCAUGACGAAGAUCAGGAGGAACAGGUGUCCGUAUCACUACGUCGAGAUCAUGGCUUGUCCUAGUGGAUGUCUGAACGGAGGAGGACAAAUCAGACCCAAGUCGACGCUGCUGGCAUCGGAACUGCUCGACAACGUCACGAGUCGCUUCCAGGAGCUGCAAGUACGUGAUCCUAUUGCCAACCCCGCUGUGAAGUACGUGUACGAGAAAUAUUUGGACGGAAUUCCCUUCUCCGAAGCUGCACGUGGAGUGCUGCAUACACAGUAUCACGCUGUGCCCAAGAUGGAGCAGUCGAACCCGUUGGGCAUCAAGUGGUAAUCCAUUUAAGCUUAGAUUGAAUGCAGGUAGGGUGCUUUAUGUCACCCAUGCAUACGUUUAUUGUCUGUUUUGAUCUCCAUACACGUUUACAAGUCCUUCCUGGACGCCUGUGCUGUA